UCGAGUUACCAGACCCCGGGGUUUUAGGGACGAAGAGGUCAAUCACCCCCACCCGUUCCUAGACUGGGCGGCGUGGACUCACGCGCGCCCCAGGUAGCUGGGCUGUGAGCCUUUAGGGAGAGACAGCUGAGCGGGAUGGAAAGAAAUGAGGAACGCCGGUAAAGACCAGCGUUUGUUCGCCCUGUCGCGCGCCUUAUAGGUUAAAUUCUCGACACUCCUGUGACCCAAGCCACAGAAUGUCAAUAGCACGUUCGUCUGUCCAUGCCAAAUGGGUUGUGGGGAAGGUGAUUGGGACAGCAAUGCAAAAAACUGCUAAAGUGAGAGUGACCAGACUGGUUCUGGAUCCCUAUUUGUUAAAGUAUUUUAAUAAGCGAAAAACCUACUUUGCCCACGAUGCUCUUCAGCAGUGCACCGUCGGGGAUAUCGUGCUUCUCAAAGCUUUACCUGUCCCUCGAACCAAGCACGUGAAGCAUGAACUGGCCGAGAUCAUUUUCAAAGUUGGACAAGUCAUAGAUCCGGUGACUGGCAAGCCCUGUGCAGGAACCACCUACCUGGAGAGCCCCAUCAGUCCCGAAAGCACCCGCCUGACCAAAAACCUGGAAGCACUCCAGCUCUCGUCAACACAGUGAAGGGGGAGUGAAGACGGAGCCAAAGGGAAGGAUUUAUAAGUUUGCUUUAUGGAAAAAUUUUUCUAAGUUUCCUCACAAACCGUCCAGUUUAAUCUUCUGGUAUUUAUGAAAUAGUGAAAGUAAAUGAAAUAAAAACUUUGUUAUAAUUUUUCUUAAA